GAGGAGGAGGAGGAGGAGGAGGAGGAGGAGGAGGAGGAGGAGGAAGAGGACGACGAGGAACCACGCUUAAAAUACACGCGACUCACGAAAUCACUCGGUGGUGUUUAUCGUAAUGGAGACGCUGUUUCCACCAGUGUGGUGUUUGGGGAUCGCAUGGUGAUUGGCACGCACAACGGGAACAUCCAUAUACUCGGACUGCCGUCUCUGGCACCGCUGCGAACGUACCAUGCGCACUCGGCCUCAGUCACGUCCAUCUCCAUCUCCCCUCCGCCGCCGCCGCCAGUAGCAAUUCCGACGAGACGGCAUAAGGAAGCGUACCACGACCGCCACAUCAGUAUCGCCAGCUCGUCAAUCGACGGCCUGGUAUGCGCCGUACCGCUGCUCCCCUCGACACCCCCGGGGCCGGGACAAUCCCUCUCGACGGUACCGUACGCGAAAUCGGAGAUCACGCUGAAGAACUUCAAACGGCCGGUGUUGGCUGUGGUGUUGUCGCCCAACUUUCGCGUGGAUCGCACGUUCCUGUCUGGUGGGCUCGCAGGAAACCUCAUCUUGUCUGUUGCGCCUGCGGGCGCGGGGACGGGCGGCGGAUGGAUUCCGUCGCUGGGACUGGGAAGUGCUAAAGACACUAUCCUGCACUCCGGCGAGGGUGCAAUCUCGGCGAUCGCUUGGUCAAAGGAGUCGCCGCGGUAUGUAGCGUGGGCUAAUGAGCAGGGCAUCAAGAUCAUGAGGUCUCAUAUUGUCCCCCCGACAUUGCAGAAGUCGGCGCAGGAGGAGUUGGCGGGAAACCCAGGGAUCACCGGGUGGAUACCGGGGCUUGGUACUAGUGGUGGGCAACCGGCGCAUGAGGUCGCCUGGAAACGUAUCUCUGCAAUCGAAAGGCCCGAGGGGAUUCCGGACGAGCUGGCUACGCUGCAUAAACCGAGGCUGGAGUGGAUUGACAGACGGGCACUGCUCACUAGCGAACCGCGGGAGGCAGCUACGGGCACUACUCUGAACGUCGAAGACGUUGACUGGGGCGACAAAGAGAAGCUACUUGUAGGCUGGGGCGGAACCGUAUGGGUGAUCGAUGUCUAUCCGGGGACCGACCGUGCCGGAGAGGAUAAAUGCAACGGCUGGGCUGAGAUAACACACAUGCUCCAAACCGACUGUAUCAUCUCCGGUAUUCAGAUGUACACCCCGUCGUUAUUGCUGCUCCUUGCAUACCUUUCCGGGCCCAGCAAUACGUCGGAAGAUGGGGCGGAAACUUCACCAUUACCUUCUCCGGCACCAAGUACUCCGGGAUCUCCGCGCAGUCCUGUGGCAUCGCCAAAAUUCCGUCGUGGUCGGACUAAUGCUCUGAUACCGGAAUUGCGAUUCAUCGACCUCAGUACGUCGGAAGAAGUCAGUGCGGACGAGCUGAUGAUGAGUCGGUUUGAAAGUCUGGCGGUGGGUGACUACCACUUGGGAGUGCUUCCCGCAACACCGACAGCAGUGCAACCGCCUCCCGCCGAUACUGAAGGUACGACUGGUCUCGGUGCUGGACUUUGGGCUGCUGCUAUUGCCCCCGCGCAUCUGUUUUCGGGCACGCAGAGCAUCAGGAGUUUCGGUAGCGGUUCGCGAAGAAAUAGCGUUACCACCGGCAGUCAGACAGGAACACUAGGUACGCUGCGUGCAAACAAAGGAAAGCCCGAUAAGGAGAUCAAGUGGGGUGAGGAUGAGAAGGGGACAAAGAUAUAUAUCACCAGUCCGUAUGAUGUCGUCUUCGCUACCGAACGAAGCCCGAGCGAUCAUCUUACCUGGAUGCUGGAUCGUAAGAAGUACGCCGAGGCCUGGCAUCUGAUUGAUCGUCAUCCUGAUGUGGUGGAUCCGGAUACCGCCUCGUUGACUAUGUACGAUGAGGAGGAGCGGAAGGUUGUGCGCCUUGAUGAGGAGUACGAUUCUGACUCCACUGCGGAUACGCGGCAGCAACAACAAACUGCCAGAAGAUACUCAACCGCCGAGAAGGAGAAGCGCAGGAUUGGUGAGCUUUGGCUGCGUGAUCUGAUUGACAACGGCGAAUGGCAGAAGGCCGGAGAGGUCUGCGGUAAAGUUCUGGGAACGUCUUCGAGGUGGGAUUAUUGGGUCUGGGUUUUCGAGGCUUCGGGGAGGAUCAAGGAAAUUACGGCGUACAUCCCCACCACACAACUAUCGCCACCGCUUCCCAGUGUCAUCUAUGAGAUUGUCCUGGCGCAUUAUCUCAACCAUGAUCGGAAGAAGUUCCGCGAGCUCCUCCUGGAGACCUGGAAGCCGGAAGGAACGCGGACUCUUUAUGAUUCUCGUACACUGGCCGACACGAUAAUACUCAAGAUAAACAACCGUGAAGACGAGAUACACACGGGAGAUACGGACUGGAAGCUUCUACAGGAGUGUCUAGCAAAGCUGUAUAUGGUGUUGCAGGAGCCUAGGAACGCCCUGAAACGAUAUAUGACCUUGAAAGAUGCCGACGAAGCAUUCCGUCUCAUCCGCGAAUUCAGACUCGUGGACACGAUACGGGAUGAUAUCGCCUCGCUCAUUCUUCUCCGCGUUUCGGAUCUACAGCUCAAAACCGCCACCAUUCCAGAGCUUGAGAUGGCAACUAGAGAAGCAAUCACUCUGCUCAUCCACGAAGCUGAUCGCGGCAUCCUCUCGCCGCAUGUCGUCGUCAAGCAGCUCGAGUCCGACAAUGUCCCCACGGGUAGACUUUUCCUGUACUUUUACCUGUCCCGGCUCUGGAGAAGCCAGCAAACUGAGAACCAGAUCCUCUCCGCUUCCGGAGGGUUUCUGGCCGAGUUCGAAGACUUGAUGGUGGAGCUAUUCGCCGAGUAUGACAGACCCCUCCUCAUGGACUUCCUCAAAGACUCACACAACUACUCCCUGGAGAAGGCCUCCUCCGUAUGUGAGCGCCGCAACUAUAUCCCCGAACUAGUUCACCUUCUCAGCAAGACCGGCCAAACCAAGCGCGCCCUGUUCCUCAUCAUCGACAAGCUCGCAGACGUAGCACAGGCAAUCGCCUUCGCCAAGCAGCAGGACGAUCCAGACCUGUGGAACGACCUCCUGGACUACUCCAUGGAUAAGCCGGCGUUCAUUCGUGGGCUCCUGGAGAACGUGGGCACAGCGAUUGAUCCCAUCACACUUGUCCGCCGUAUUCCCGCGGGACUGGAAAUCGAGGGUCUCAAGGAAGCGCUGGGGAAGAUUCUGAAGGAGUAUGGAGUCCAGUGGAGCAUCUGCGAUGGCGUCGCGAAGGCACUUACCAGUGAGGUCGCGAGGGGUAUGGAUAUGCUACGCCAUGGACAGCGACGCGGCGUUAAGUUUCAGGUUGGAGGUACCGCUGCCCUCGAGGAUGAGCAGGCUGGUGACAGUGAGGUUUGUGGGGUGUGUAAGCGGCGAUUUGGGAGUGGAGCGCAAAAAACACUUGUCGCCUUCGCAUGCGGGCAUGCUUUCCACCUGCGAUGCAUUACCCGCCCGCUGACCGCCGGCAACGACGAGGACGACGAGGACGACGAGGAGGAGCAGGAAGUGGUGCAAGGCUAUGGCCGUAGCGUGGGCGCGAAAGUUACACGGGCCGCGCUGGUUAGCGAGAAGGUUAGACGCGGAUGCGGUGUUUGUGCCAAGAGGAAGAGGGAGGAGAUUAUGGUAUAGGCGGUGCCAGGUGGAGAGACGCAGUAAUUUGCAUGAUGCCGGAGUUUUCCUUUUCGUUAUGAUCUGUUCGAUGCCAUGAAUGAUGAUGUUUGUAAUGUUUUCUGUUUAUAUCAUGAAUCUGCGAUUUUAUAUGUACUCUACAUCCAAGAAGCCGCCAUUCCACCUCG